AUGGUCGAACAGUCGGUGCUCACCGCAAGACCGUCACGGCCAGAACGAACGGCUUCGACCACCUACGAGCUUCCAUCAGACACAUCCGACGCUGCGACGUCAGGUCGACAGGCGCAGCAAGUGAAAGAACGUGCUCCCACCACACCGACCACACCCACAUUCAUCCUAUCGCCGACGAACAUCUUUGGUGCCCUUGGCGGCGAAAAGGCUGGCGAGCCUAUGCUCCUUGGCGGCUGGAGUCGGAGCAGAUCUUUUCAAGCAAAGGGAGCAAAGCAGCGUCCUUCCCUCCACAACCCUUCCGCUGUGCUUUCGGACAACAGCAAGACCGACGUCGCUUCGCUAUCCUCGCAUGCGGACAAUGGCGACAAUGAAAAGGGCGCAACAUCGUCAGCAAGAGCGUCACGAUCGCGGGCUGGGCUGUUUGGACUCCCUUCGCUCCGAUACAUGCUCUACACACGCAAGGGGCGCAGGGACGUUGCCACCCACCUGCGCGCCUGGAGCUCUUACAAGAAGAUUCUCGUGCUCGCACUGAUGCUCGUCGUUUCCAUCAGGUUGCUCUUGGCUCCCUCCGCGCCGCUCGAGCGAGGCGUCAACGGUCGCAUCGCCUCGCACAAAUCCACCGAUGCCGUCUUCCUCAACCACUGGAUCGACCACGUCGUUGACCAUCCCGUACGCGCCAGAGAUAAGGCCGGCUUCGCAGAGAUGGGUCUGCGUACCGAGGUCUACUCACAUCUGCUGCGUCACAAGAACGUGCCCAACUUUGACCGCAUGGAACGCGCUCUCUGGCCGUUCGUGCCUGGUAUCAACCAGCUCCGAAAGUGGUGGCAGGCUUCGGUGCAAGCCAAACCUCAUCAGUACGCCGCUGCCUCUACCUCUGCCGCUCCUAGCACUCGAGAGAAGCUGUUUUCGCGUGGAUUCGGCAGCGGACCGCUAAUCCAGCACGGCUCGCGAGGCAUCGUCAUGUCGCUCGGCUACAAGGGCUCCGUGUUCGCUUCGCAGUUCAUCUCGAUCAUCCGCGAAAAGCACCACAACGACAUCCCCAUCGAGCUGUACUACUACGGCGAUUCGGAUCUGCCUACCAAGUACCGCGAUUACCUCACAAAGACCUACCGCAACGUCCGCUGCAUCGACUUGGAAUCGCUCGGCCUCUUUGACCCGGAUCUGGUCAAACUCGAACGUCAAGGUUUCGCCAUUAAGCCGUUCGCUCUGCUGGCUACCAACUUUACAGAGGUCAUCCUCGCCGAUGCAGAUGCCAUCCUGCUCGAGGAUCCCGACCACUUCUUCGAAGAGCCUGGUUACCUUGACACGGGUACGCUCUUCUUCCACGAUCGCGAUCACCUCCGCAAGGGCGCGGACGACAUCAUCCAGAACUUCAUGAACAAUCAGCUCUCGCUCCGCGGGCCAUCCCCUCGACUCGCGUCGAGCGAAUUCUGGAAGAAGAAGGGCAUCUUUGAGCAAGAGUCCGGCAUCGUCGUGGUCGACAAGAGAAAGACAGACGUGUUUGCAGCUUUGCUCUUCACUGCGUGGCAGAACAUGGGCGAGAUCAGAGAGAAGACCACGUACCGCAUCUGGUGGGGAGACAAGGAGACUUUCUGGCUGGCGUUUGAAUUCGCCAACUUCCCGUACUACUUUGUGCCGAGAUAUGCGCAGGCUAUCGGCACGACGAGGAGGGUGAGUCCGGCGGAAAAGCUCGAGCGCGCUGCCAAGGCCAAAGCCAAGGCGGAGAAGGCCAAAGCCAAGGAGGAAGCGGAAAAGGCGAAGAAGGGUGGUAAGGAGGCAGUCGCCGAGGCGCCGAAGGAGGUCAAAGCUGAUGCGGAGAAAGCGGCGGUCAAAGGCGAUGAAAAGAAGGCGGCUGCCGGUGCCGAGGUGGUUCACUUUGACGAAGCUGGCGAUGCACUACCCGCAGCAGAUCCUCAAGAAAAUCCGUUCAAGGAAGGAAUACUCCCCGGCGAGCCCGAGCCCGAACCUCUGCAACCACCCUCCUCGCACGACGACAACGCUCCCCUCCGCGUCGUUUCCUCGACAGACGAAGAAGAAGAAGAGUUCUGCUCCGAACACCCGCUCCACUUCCUCGGCGCCGACAUCGAAGACAACAACGGCGACGGCGUCGCCGACGCCAUGUCGCUCGGUCGUCCCGCCUGGUUCAACGGCGGAAUCCUCGACACCAAGACCAUCUCGGACGAGGUGUACAUCAACCCCAACGCCUUCUCGCUCGACGGCGCGUGGGAGUUCCUCUUCGACGAAGAACAGUGGUGCAUCCGAAACUACACCUUGGGCAACAUCAGGCAGUUUGACUUGACCGAUCGAAUCGACGCGAUCAAGAGCAUCGCAAAGAACGCCGAGGUUAAAUUCCAUGCAAAGAUCCCCAAGCUUCCGAAGAAGGUUAAGAAGGACAAGUAG